CCUUUUCAUUUCAUUGUAAUAAUCAAUGAACAAAAGUUGACAAAAUAGUGAGCAGUGAAAUGGGGUAGUUGGGUAGUUUAUCAUCUCUGCAAUUUCUCCCAAUUCAAACAUGAUUAAUACUCUCACAUUUCACCCGCCUACCCGUUUUUCUUCUCUCCCUCCUCACCUCACACUCACACCCAUUUCCCAUUCUUCUCCCUUUUUUCUCCCCAAACUCAAACCCAUUUCACCCCUCACUUCUCUGUUUUCUUCCACCCAAUUACGGUUCCUAUCUCGCCGGAAACUUCCGUCUUCCGCCAUGCUUCACCAUGACCCUGUUGUCUCUGAUUUCAUUGCAUUAGGUAUAUCUGGUGUUGUUGCUACCUCGUUUCUUAGGUUGUGGCAGGAAACUGCAAAACGUGGACUUUUUGAUCAGAAAUUGAAUAGGAAACUUGUGCACAUAUCCAUUGGGCUGGUAUUCAUGCUCUGUUGGCCAUUAUUCGGUACUGGUGAAUGGGGGCCUUACUUUGGGGCUUUUAUUCCGGGAGUCAAUAUACUUCGGAUGCUUGCUAUUGGACUUGGAAUAUGGAAAGAUGAGGCCACUGUGAAAUCGAUGAGCAGAUUUGGAGAUUAUAGGGAACUUCGUAGAGGACCACUGUAUUAUGCUGCAGCUAUUACUUUCGCAUGCAUAAUAUACUGGAGAACUUCGCCGGUUUCCAUUGCUGCAAUAUGUAAUCUGUGUGCAGGAGAUGGUAUGGCUGACGUCGUCGGAAGGAGAAUUGGUAGUAAAAAGUUACCUUACAACAAAAACAAGUCCUAUGCUGGAUCAAUUGCAAUGGCAUCUGCUGGAUUUUUAGCUUCUAUUGGGUUUAUGUGGUAUUUUUCGUCGUUUGGAUACAUGGAGGGAAGCUGGAACAAGGUUAUAGGUUUCUUAGUUGUGUCUGUUAUCACGGCAAUUGUGGAGUCCCUUCCUAUCAGCACAGAUCUUGAUGACAAUCUCACAGUUCCCCUGACUUCCAUAUUGGUAGGAAGCAUGAUCUUCUGAUAUAGACCAUAUUGUAAUCAUAGGAAUUAGUUUCAAUUUAGUUAGAAAAUGUUUGUUUAUUCUAUAAUGCUGAGUAGUUUGUCUUGUUAACAGUUAAACAGACAUGUGAUUGUAAUGUAUGUUCACCAUCAUUUAGAAUGUUUGAAUUUCCAACUAAAUUUUUUUGCAUUAA